AAAGACACUGAAUUUUCUUAAUUUCGAAUCAGCCCCUCCUCCUUCGGUACCGUUACGAAAACAUGUCCGCUGAGAAAAUUUCCAGUUAACACCACCAACCGGUCUCCCCGCUCCCCACUAAUACCCCCCGCUGCUUCCCCGCCAACUCCGCUCUCGCUGCUCUCUCUGGACUGCACUCAUCCCUCUACGCUGCUGUUUUCCCCUCUCUGCUCCAUUACUCAGCUGACUUAACACGCUGUCUCUCUCUCUAUCAACUAUAACUCAAUAUCCAGGCGGCGUAAAUCGUAAUGGUGGCCGUCGUAGCUGUCCCAGGAUGCGGCGAAGAGCAAGCAUUUCCCAGAACCCCAUCAUCCCUCCCUCCAUCAGAGCGCGGCUUCUCGAGGUGUCUCCCAUCAUCCCUGCUCUCUUCUUCCAAAUCCAACUCUUCCUCUUCUUCUUUGUCCUCUUCCUCCUCAUCCACUCCCCAACGCUUUCGUUCUCCGCUUCAUAACCCGACUUCCCAAACCCCAUCGACGUUGUCCAAAAAACGUUCCCAAUCCGUGGAUCGACUGCAGACGUCUACAAGAAGCCUGUCCGUCUCCUUCCAGGGCGAAUCCUUCGUAUUCCAGACCAGCAAGUCCAAACCCACACCGAGAAAACCCAUCUCAGAGUCCCGGAAACCCAUUGUGGCUUUUACUGGGGUUGACAACUCCCAGCCAAAUGAGAAGCAGAGGCCCCGGUAUCCGACGGCGAGGGCAAGGGAGGCGAAUUCAUUGACGAGGAGUUUGAAUUGUUCCGUUGAUAGAGAUAAUCCCAUAUUGCUGACGGUUCGAUUGCUUCUUGAUGAGGCUAAUUUCAACAUUGGCGAUCCAUCUCAGUCGUCGGAUUCUGAUAGUUUGUCAUAUGAGAGCAAUGCGAAAGUGCGGGCCAAGCCCCGUGGUAUCUGUGUUCCUGCUAGGUUUAUGCAGGAGAAUGGUUGUCCUCUCCCUCAUGUCGAAACCACUCAGAAGCUGAUUAGUGGAAAGCAGCAGCCAUUAGCUAAUACUCAACUGCCAUCUCCCAAAAUUAUUUCUCCUGCUCCAUAUGGACCCAAGUUUUGUCUCCCGAGACAGGACGGGGCUUCACGGACUAGAAGAAAUAUCAUGGAGAAUUACUCCAAUGGUCAUGUAGGCAAUGCUCCUUCCAUUAUAAGCUUUGCUUCUGAAGUGAGGAGGACAAAGAAAGGUGAAAGCCGGAUUGAAAAUGCCCAUAUGUUGCGACUAUUUCAUAAUCGGUAUUUGCAAUGGCGUUAUAUCAAUGCCCGUGCUGAAAAUGCAUUUUCAACACAUCUGGUAAAUGCCAAGAACAACUUAUAUGAUGCAUGCUUAGCCAUCUCGGAGUUACAUGACUUAGCCAUGAAUAAGCAAAUUAAACUAGAAGAACUGAUGCGAAACUUGAAGCUGGCUUCCUUGCUAAAGGGACAAAUUAACUACCUAGACGAGUGGUCUACUCUUUCCAGUGAUCAUGAAAAUUCUUUGAGAGGAAUUAUUGAAGCAUUAAAGGCAAGCACUCUUCGUCUCCCUGUUAUUGGUGGAGCUAAGAUGGAUAUUCAAGAGGUAAAAGAUGCAAUCAAUUCAACAGUUGGCGUUAUGCAAGCACUGACAGCUUCCAUAUGUUGUUUACUAUCAAAGGUAGAAGAAAUAAGUUGCCUAGCAUCUGAGAUUGCGAAAGCAGCAGCAUGUGAACGAGCUUUGCUUGACCAAUCCAAAGAUUUGCUGUCAGUAGUUUCAGCAAUGCAUGUGAAGCAGUGCAGUGUUCAGGCCUGUAUAUUACAACUAGCAAGGGAAGCAAGCCUUAUACAGCUACAGUAGCAGAUAAAAGCAGAUAUAGAGACAUAAAUUCUAUUGGGAAUUCCAUACCGUAUAGAAAAAUGAAUUGCAGUUCAUGAUCUUAUAAACACAACCUUUAUUUAUGAUGAACGGCUAUCCAUUCUUCCCUUUGUUUGGUAAUUCCCUUGAGAAAUUUUGUCCUGUUGUUUGCCUUCACUGCCACCUCAAAUACCUCUUUUCUUCUUUUUUUAGCAAUAGAUUGCCACUUAUGGAGGCAAAUAAAAGCUACUUCGGUUUGCCCGUUUGCAUUGUUUGUUACAUGUGUGUGUGUGGGGAAAAGUUUUUGCGCACGUUGUUCGGAUGCAGAGCUGCGCCCGGAUAAUGCGGCAAUUCUCUGA